CCACCCUCUGUCUCAUGUCUUUUUUCUAACUCUCUCUCUUUCUCUCUCUUUCUUCUCACCUUCUUCUCCUCCUUUUCCAUCUCUAUAUCUUCCAUUUCUCCAAAUUUCCCCACCUUUAUUGACCUUUGGUCACUGCUCUCAAAUACCCAUUUCUCUAUUUUCUGGUUUAAAGGUUUGAGAAAAGGUUGAUAACUCGUUGACUUGAGUUGGUGUUUAGAGGUAAACAAGGGUGAAUUUGAAACCUAAUUUACAGGUUGAAGCUGAUUUUUCUGGAAAUUUGGAUAUCUUUAGAGGUGUUUUCCUGAGAAAAGAUGAUGAUGUUUGAUGACAUGGGGUUUUGUGGUGAUUUGGAUAUGUUCUGUGGUACACUUGGGGAAGGGGAUAUUUCUGUCAGGCAAACUGAGCCGGAUUCGGUAGUUGAGGAUGAUUAUAGUGAUGAAGAAAUGGAUGUCGAUGAGCUUGAACGAAGGAUGUGGAGGGACAAAAUGCGUCUCAAGCGAUUGAAAGAACAAACCAAGGCUAAAGAAGGGAUCGAUGCUGCAAAAGCAAGGCAGUCUCAAGAACAGGCGAGGAGGAAAAAGAUGUCAAGAGCUCAAGAUGGAAUAUUGAAGUACAUGCUGAAAAUGAUGGAGGUCUGUAAGGCACAAGGAUUCGUUUACGGGAUAAUUCCUGAGAAAGGAAAACCAGUGACUGGAGCAUCUGACAAUCUUCGUGAAUGGUGGAAGGAUAAGGUUAGGUUUGAUAGGAACGGUCCGGCUGCCAUAGCCAAAUAUCAAGUGGAUAACGCAAUUCCGGGGAAGAAUGAUGGCUGCAAUUCCAUCGGUCCAACUCCUCAUACCUUACAAGAAUUACAGGACACAACGUUAGGUUCUCUCUUAUCAGCUCUUAUGCAGCACUGUGAUCCUCCUCAGAGGCGUUUCCCGUUAGAGAAGGGUGUUCCUCCGCCAUGGUGGCCAAGCGGUAACGAAGAGUGGUGGCCCCAAAUUGGUUUACCUAAAGAUCAAGGUCCUCCACCUUACAAGAAACCUCAUGACCUGAAAAAAGCUUGGAAAGUUGGUGUUUUAACAGCAGUUAUCAAGCAUAUGUCUCCUGAUAUAGCCAAGAUUCGCAAGCUCGUGAGGCAGUCCAAAUGCCUUCAAGAUAAAAUGACAGCUAAAGAAAGUGCUACUUGGCUGGCCAUCAUCAAUCAAGAGGAAUCCUUGGCUCGAGAGCUUUAUCCCGAAUACUGCCCUCCGAUAUCUUCUGGUGGAGGCAGCGGUUCUAUGGUCAUCAAUGAUUGCAGCGAGUAUGAUGUUGAUGGGGCUGAGGAUGAGUCCAACUUUGAUGUGGAGGACCGAAAACCCGAGAAUCUUCAUCCAUCCACUCUUGGGAUGGAAAGAAUGAGGGGAAUGUUUUCGGUUCAGCAACCUUCUCCAAUCAAGGGAGAGGUUGUCACCAACUUGGAUUUCAUUCGGAAGAGGAAGAUCUCUAGCGACUUCAACAUAAUGAUGGAUCACAAAAUCUACACAUGUGAAUACCCUCAAUGCCCUUACAACGAAGUUCGCCUUGCUUUUCAAGAUAGGCCUUCUAGGGACAAUCAUCAAUUGAAUUGUCCACAUAGAAUCGGUUCUGCAGACUAUGGCGGCCCUAAUUUUCAUGCUACCGAGGUUAAGCCGGUUAUUUUCCCCCAAAGCUUUGUUCAACCCAAUUCUGCAGCUCAGCCUACUAGUCUGGUUCCACCUAGUCUGAUUCCACCUUCAUUUGAUUUAACUGGACUCGGGGUUUCAGAGGACAGCCAGAAAAUGAUCAGUGACCUUAUGUCAGUCUAUGACACAAAUAUCAUAGGAAACAAGAAUGCAAGUUCAACCAAUUGCGUAACCGUCGGAAAUCAAAACCUUUCCCAGCACAACAUUCAGCAACAACAGCAGCACAACAUUCAGCAGCAACAACAGGAGAAUUUCUUUUCAAGUCAAGGAAUGGUGAUGGAAGCAGCAAACUUCUUUACUCGCGAGGAAAGUCAAAGUCAAUUCGACCGAUUCAAAGCCGUAAAUGCUCCUUUCGACAACAACCAGCACCACCACAACAACAACAAUAACCUCCAUUUCAUGAUGGGCUCUCCCUGUGAUUUGGCAUCCUUUGAUUUUAGGGAGGAUAUUCAGCAACUACAAGGAGUAGUAGGAAUGGAUAAUCUUCCCAAACAACCAGAUGGUCCAAUAUGGUUCAACUGAAAACGACAAGUGGAAGUAAAACUUGUGUACCAAAUGGCUUUUUUUUAUUGUGUCAUUAAAAAGGGAUAGUCACACACACUCACUCUUAUCAUGUGAAACUCCCUUGACUCAAAAAUCAAAGGUAGUUUAGUUUACUGCAUUUUUCUUCACAUGUAAUCGUUUAGGUCUAUAGAUAUUAUAAUGCUUGUCAGGUCUUGUUCUGGUAUGUGGCAAUAAAUCAUGUGGAUGUUAUGUUUCCAUAAUGUAACAAACCAACCAACCCUCUUGUGUUUUCACCACUCUUAGCUCUAUUAUAUUGUUGUUACUUCACUAUAUCAUAUUAUAUGUACUUCUGUGAUAUAAAUAAGAUUUUGUUAUAAUCUCUUAUAAA